UGUUAUCAGCAAAUUAGUAAUACGUACUUUUAGGGAAAAAAGAAAUUUUGCAUAAAACCAAAGUUAAGCCAAAAAUAUCAGGCGAACUCGUUUUUAGUUGAAGCUGGUAGAUAAAACACGUCGGUUCGCGCGAAAAUUGGAAACCAGUCUUGAAAAAUGCAUCGCUACGUUGUAUUUUGUGUAAUAGUGUGGUUGAAAUUAUUUGCGGUGCAGUCAUUUAAUUUAGCCCCUAAGCCAAAUUUGAUUAUACGCGAAACGGUAGAAGAUGAAAUCAAUAAAAUUAAUGCAAAUUACCAGUAUAGUUCAUAUUUCGGUUAUACGAUCGUACUCCGCGAAAAAAGUGUUAUCAUUGGUGCACCACGAGCGCGAACUGUUGAAGCUUAUCGUGAACCUAGAGAAACUGGUGGCAUUUACAAAUACGAAUUUGAUAACAAAACAUUAAAAAAAAUCGAUUUCCAAAAUGAAAUGCCCUCUCAGACCUUCGCUUCGUUGCAAUUGAACAGCACUCAGCAGUGGUUAGGUGGAGCCAUGGACGGUGGGAGCAGAGACGCAGAUCCCUUAAUUGCAUGCGCGCCACAAGCGAAAGCUUUAGACAGCUCGAGUCAUUUAUUCAUGCACGGCUUUUGCUAUUGGACCAACAAUACACUCGAUAAUGGUGUUCUAUUACAAAAUGGUGUGACAUGGAAAAUUAGUCCUUUUUCGGACAAAGGCCGAGAGAACAAACAGAUUACUGAUAAAAGGCCUGAUUUUAUGUUUGGUGAGCUUGGUUUUAGUGUGCACAUGACGCCGAAUAAUGAAGAGAUUAUAAUUGGUGCACCAGGCAUAUAUCGGUGGUCAGGAGCAACAAUACAUGUUGAUGUGCUAAAUCGAAGUCCUGACUCUUCGAAACAUGGUACCAUACCAUUUACGUACAAAGGAUAUGCAGUAGCAUCCGGCUUUUUCGAAAAAAAUAAUCAACAACUAUAUUACGUAGCUACAGUGCCCCGAGCUUAUCAACUAUUGGGGCAGGCACUAAUAUACACAAAAAAAUUUGGAGUUUAUAAACAAGUUUUAAACCUGGCAGGCGAACAGUAUGGUGAGCUUUUCGGCUAUGCCGUACUGGUAGAGGAUGUGAAUGGCGAUGGUUUAGAUGAUAUUCUCAUAGGUGCGCCAUAUCGCACGGUAAAUGGCAUUUUAGAAUCGGGUGCAGUUUAUAUGUAUAUAAAUCGAGGAGUGAAAGGUCAGUUAAAUUUCAAGCCCUUGAUCAUAGAGUCGCCUCUGCUCAAUCGAGGACGCUUUGGAACAACGCUCAGCAGCCUAGGUGAUGUAAAUGGAGAUGGUUAUAAGGACAUUGCCAUUGGUGCGCCGUUUGCCGACGGUGGUGGUGCUGUCGCUAUUUAUUUUGGCAGUUCAACCGGACUAGCUGACCAGCCAAGACAGAUUUUGAAUGUAAGCGACCAAUUCGCCGAUGGUAUGUUUGGACAUGGUCUCUCCAAAGGUGUGGACAUAGAUGCGAAUGGCUUCAAUGAUCUGGCUGUUGGUGCGCCAAAUGCAGAUACCGUCUUUAUUUAUCGCGCCUAUCCGGUGGUGAAAGUUAUUGCAACCAUACGACCUUUGCACGACCUAAUUCCCACAACUGCAACUAAUCUUCAAUAUGAAAUCUGCUACAGUAUUUUAACAAAUUCCACCAAAGAUCAGAAGCGAGACAUUUUAUUAGACUUGACUGUCGAUGCAAAAGAGAAGCGGGUAAAGAUUUUGAGUUUUAAAAAUAAUGAAACCUUUACAGCGAGCCGAUGGCCAAAAUGUACGACAUACAAUGAUACCCUCAAAUUCGAUUUUCGCUAUGAAUUUGUGCCGAUAGUUUUGAAACUUUCAUAUCGAUUAAAGUAUGAUGCGAAGGCGUGGAGUGGUGCAGAAUUUUGUAAGAAAUGCGCUAUAACUGAUCCUCUUUGGCCAAGUUCGACUGAGGCAAGUAUUCAAUAUUUGCAUAAUUCUGUCGAUUUGCAGCUUGGAAGCGUGAACGUACCUUCUAAAGUUAUACUGGGUGCAACACAAAUUCUACCCAUCAAAUAUGUUAUUACCAAUGUGGGACAGGAAGCCUACAAUACACUACUGACUGUUAAAUCGUCCAUAAAUGUGCCAUUUGCCAAAUUACCACCUGAAUGUGUUGGAGAAUUCGAUAUAGAAUGGAGAGUUGUGUGCAGCAUAGCUAAGCGACGAGCAUUUAUCGGCAGCGCGGAAGUAGAACUGAGUUUUGAUUUGAGUAAUGUUGUGAGUGUCACUGAAAUGGAUAUAACCGCAUUCGUGUCCAGCACUGGCGAAGAGAAAACACCUGAAAAUAAUCAUUUAUCGAAUGCAGUAAAACUGAUAACGACGACCGAUAUUUGGAUAGUCGAGACUUCCAGCAAUGAUAUCAUAGCCAUUGCGAAUGAGGAGCAAAAUAUUUCCAUUUCGACGAUUUUUGAGAUACAAAAUAACGGUCCAAGUCCGUUAAAUCUUUUCCAUUUAAUCACCGAAUUUCCCAUCGGAUAUAUUGACGAUAAAGGCGUUGAUCACUUUUUUGUCAGCAACAUCUCAGCCCAAUUGCGUAUAAAGAAUUUUGUAAAUCCUCCAUUAGUAUUUGAAAAAUCUCCGCCUCUAUCUGCGCCAACAUUGAAUUCCACCGAUAUUUUGAAUACAAAUCACUUGAACGAAAAUCGCACGAUACUCCUCAGUUGCCAAUCGACCGAAGAAUCGAAUGUGAAAAUGUUAUGUGCUUUGAAUGAUUUGUCUUUGUCCUGUGGACUACAGCCCGGACAAAAUAUAACGCUGGAAUUAAGCUAUGACGUCCAAUGGGGAAACGUUCAAGACCUGAUGGCGAACAAUGCAGAAUACUUGGCUCAUGUUGCUAUGGUGAAUUUAAAACCUAGUUCAGAAGUAAAUGGCCGAUUGAGUAUAAAGCGACACUUCAAAGGUGCAAUUUUUGUGAAGAUCAAUAAACAGAAAACAUGGUGGAUUUAUCUUCUGGCCAUAGUUGGCGGUUUGCUUUUGUUGGUUAUAACAACGUGGCUAUUGAAAAGACGGGGUUUCUUUAAACGUCUGACAAAAGAGCAAAUGGAGCAGAAUUUCAAAGAAAAGCAAGAAAAAGCUCGUAUGAAGGAGGAACUUGAUGAAUGUACUGCAGAAAUGGAAGAAGAUGUGUCACUUUACGACGAUGAUCAGUAAAAUUUUUCUAAGUUAAAUUUUGUAAAUCAAUUGCUGGGCCGAUUUUGUAUAGAGGGAAAUAAACGCUGUUUUAUCGUAUUGUAA